AUGAAUACUUAUAGGGGAUUGUUAGGGUUUUUCCGUGAAGAAGAGAGAGAGGAGCGUGGACAAAAGGGAGUGGAGCGCAGAGGCAUGGGAAACAAAGGAAGGUGGAAGGGGCAGAAGCGGCAGAGGCAACGUGGGGGAGACGAUGACGAUGAAAGAGAGAAGUGGGGAACGACAAGGGGAUUGUUAGGGUUUUUCCGUGAAGAAGAGAGAGAGGAGCGUGGACAAAAGGGAGUGGAGCGCAGAGGCAUGGGAAACAAAGGAAGGUGGAAGGGGCAGAAGCGGCAGAGGCAACGUGGGGGAGACGAUGACGAUGAAAGAGAGAAGUGGGGAACGACAAGGUGA